AUGCCUAGGGAGGAUGUCGACUUGGACUCGGUUGUGGCUUUCCUCAAGACCAAAGACUUGCCCGACGAAGACUAUUUAUCGAGUCUGAAGAAAUUAGGCGAGCUCCAUUGCCUCCGCAUUGAAUACAGUCGUGUUCAACAGAGAGUUCCAUAUGGACUGGAAGUAUAUCCCUCCACGCCAAGCGUCACGCGCGCGCCUUGUGUCGACACGUUGGACACUCUUCGAUUUUAUGCUACCCUUAUUGGCAUCGACAAGUAUCCAUCCUUUCCGCUUAAUGGUUGUGUAUCAGACGUGCGAUUGAUGAAGAAGUACCUGACUAAGGACCUCGGCGUGCCCCACGAUCGCAUCCAGCUGCUUCUCGGAUGCGAGGAGCAUACAUCCCCUGAGGAUCCUAUGUGUCCUUCCCGUGCCCACAUCAUCGACGCGCUUCUCAGCAUCGUCACCAACCCUCAGAUCGAAUAUGGCGACAACAUCAUCAUCUACUACGCCGGACAUGGCUCAUACUACCCACCUGAAAGGGGGGAAACUCUCAUUGUGAACGAAUACAUCGACACGCUAUGCCCCAUCGAUCGCGAUAUCGUUAACGAUGGCAAACCUGUCCCCGAUAUCAGCGACCGUGAAUUCAACACUAUCUUAACCCUAAUUUCCCGAGCCAAGGGUGAUCAUAUCACCGUUAUUCUUGACUGCUGUCACUCCGGUAGCGUCAGCCGAGGAUUACCUGAGCCGGGAGCACGCAUCACUUACCCAAUGGUGCGUGCAACUCUUCACGACAUGCUCGUCGCCGGGGAGGAGCGUUUGGAGAUGUAUCCGGGCUAUUGCCCCAUUUUAGAUGAACACUGGCAGCCAAAUAUGGAGUCCCACGUUGUCUUGGCGGCCUGUAAGAAGCAUCAGUUUGCGAAGGCAAAAGAGGUGGAGGGGACGGCUGGCGCGGUGGAGUACAUUGGAAUCUUCACCGACUCGCUUGUGCGCACUCUCCAGUCAGACUGCUACAAGAAGGAAACGACAUACGCUGAUCUGGUUCGCUUUUUGGAUAAGACGCCGCAUCAGACGCCGGUCGUUGCUGGGAAACGCAAGGACGCACGUGUCUGGUAUCCGGAAUGA